CUCAAACUUUGAUUUCUAUGUGCCAACUAGAGAUUGCUUUUCCUAGUCUACAUUUUCAAAAGUGUCCAGGUAAUUUUUGAUACGAAGCCAGGUUGUAUAACCAGUCGUGUAACUAUUAAGAAAAUUUAGAGGCUGACAUAGAAUGUUUGGAGCUAGAAAUGUCGCUCCAUGUUUCAGCAGCACAGCCAGGGAACGGAUUCCUUCGCUUUAUACUUCCUGCUUUGGAAGACAGUCCAGGCAAUGUGUAAGAACCGGUUUUGAAGUUUACCGAGCAAGUCUUAAUUCCAUCAUGGCCACCUGCUGGCUUUUAUCUUUAGACACAUUACUUAAUCUUUAAGCGGGUCAGUUUCUUGGUCUGUAAAAAGGGAGGCGUUAGGGUUUGGUACAGUCCUUAUUCUGUGGCACACAAUGUUGGCUGCUUGGUGUACAAGAACGCCACUAGAUUCGUCCAGGAGCAGAAGUCUACUGCAGGCACACCCUCUCCAUCUGGCUGUUGGGAAACCAGGAGACUUGCUAGUGUGUUUAAGGGGCGCCGUAGCUACACAGGAUUUAGACAAGCGCUGGUCCUGCGGCGACAUGGCCGCAGCGCACGCCCACUAGGGGGCGCCCGAGCGACCUGAGCUCUUGCGCCAACCGCGCGGCGCCCACGCGCGUGCUCACUGGGGACGCGGAACCUCCGCCUCCGCCGUCGCGGCCUUCAGUGCGGGCGCCCCAACGAGACUUCUGUUUUCCCGCUGCCUCGCCCCAGGCUCACUCGGCCGCAGCCCCAGCACCUGCGCCGCGGCGGCCCUCGCUCCGUGGGCCGCGGACGCCCCGGCCCGAUGCUGCGCUGGCUGAUCGGAGGAGGCCGCGAGCCGCAGGGCCUAGCCGAGAAAGCUGCUUUGCAGACAAUAGGAGAGGACCAAGGUCAGAACCCCUAUACUGAACUGCUGGUACUGGAGGCUCAUCGCGACAUUGUCCGCUUCCUGGUGAGGCUCGAUGACUUCAGGUUUGCAUCUGCUGGCGAUGAUGGAAUUAUAGUUGUGUGGAAUGCCCAGACAGGAGAAAAACUUCUGGAACUCAGAGGACACACUCAGAAGAUAACGGCUGUCAUUGCGUUUCCUCCCCUAGACUCGUGUGAGGCCAGCAGUCAGCUUCUCUUGACAGCCUCGGCUGACCGGACUGUCGGUGUUUGGGAUUGCGACACCGGCCGGCAAAUCCAGAGAGUCACGUGCUUCCAGUCUACGGUAAAGUGCUUGACCGUUCUUCAGAGACUGGACAUUUGGCUGUCAGGCGGUAGUGACCUAGGCGUGUGGAACCGAAAGUUAGAUCUGCUGUGUAAAACCAGCCACCUAUCCGACACAGGGAUCAGUGCUUUGGUUGAAAUCCCUGGGAACUGUGUCGCCGCAGCAGUGGGCAGAGAAUUGAUAAUUUUUAGGCUUGUGACACCCACAGAAGAAUUGCCGGAAUGGGAUAUUAUUGAAGUUAAACGCCUUCUUGAUCACCAGGACAAUAUUCUGUCAUUGGCUAACAUCAAUGAUACAGGUUUCGUCACUGGCUCCCACGUUGGCGAGCUGCUCAUCUGGGAUGCCCUGGACUGGACUGUGCAGGCCUGUGAGCGCACCUUCUGGAGCCCGACCGCACAGCUGGAUGCCCAGCAGGAAAUAAAGCUCUUCCAAAAACAAAAUGAUAUUUCUAUUAAUCAUUUCACAUGCGAUGAAGAGAAUAUAUUUGCUGCAGUUGGAAGGGGGUUAUAUGUGUAUAACCUACAGUUGAAGCGUGUGAUUGCCUGCCAGAAAACUGCACAUGAUUCCAACAUCCUACACAUCGAUAAACUUCCAAACAGGCAGUUAAUCUCAUGCUCGGAAGAUGGCGCUGUGCGCAUGUGGGAGGUCCGAGAAAAACAGCAGCUGGCAGCUGAGCCAGUCCCAACAGGAUUUUUUAAUAUGUGGGGAUUUGGAAGAGUAAACAAACAGGCCAGCCAGCCUGUUAAAAAGCAGGAAGAAAACGUUACCACGUGUUCCCUGGAGCUCAUCGGAGAUCUCAUUGGACAUUCAUCGUCUGUCGAGAUGUUUCUAUACUUUGAGGAUCAUGGACUAGUGACAUGCUCUGCAGAUCAUCUCAUUAUUUUGUGGAAAAAUGGAGAGCGAGAAUCUGGAGUACGCAGCUUAAAGUUAUUUCAGAAGUUAGAAGAGAACGGUGACUUAUACCCAGAGUCCCCUUGAAGGAGCCAGACAGGCGUGCAGACCCGAACCCCGCACAGCCAACACAGCGCGCCCGGUACCCUGAAAACCAUCAGCACACUGACCCCUUACUGUACUCUUUUCUUGCCUGUGAAGGUCUGUCUGUCUGUCUGUCUGUCUGUCUGUAACACCUGUCCACUCAAGAACAUAGCACAACAUGGCCUUGUUGCUGUGCAAGUGGUGGGUGCUGUGUUCUGUCCCUUAAAACGGUAGAAAAAAUGAUAACUGUAAGGUUGCCACACACUAUUUACAAGUGUUCUUUUGGGUUCCCUUAGAGACUGUCUGAGACUUGUCAUGGGAGAUGUAUCCUCUCUGCUGCUCCUCAGAAGCCAUCUGUGUCCAACAGAACCAGACUUGAAUAUUAGCCCCCCAAAAGGAAUUCUACUCUUUAAGUACAAUGAUUUUGUUUGGUACCAACUAAUUUAAGUCAUUGAAAAAAUAAUAUUUACUCUUGCCCACUAAAAUCCCUGUGUCCUCCGGUCCCCAGGCGUCAUCUGAGCAUUUCUUUCUCAGUGUGAACUGGCCUGACCCCUCACUGACAGAAUAGUCUUCAGGUGUUUCUGGGAUGCGUCCUGGGUUAGGAAGGAGGCACAGCUUUUUCUCAGGUCAGGAACUGUAGCUGAGUUGUCCUGUUUGCCUUAAAUGGUUGAGAGCAGCUUCACUGUUCAGCUCUCUGAACAUCCACUAAGACUGGACCAUGUUCCUCGCCCUACCAGCCUGAUGACAGUACUCACUUUGGGCACUAAAAUGUAAAAUAUACUCCACACAGUAAGAAUGGGGGAGGGGAGGGUUGAUUAAGAAAUCUUAUUAAAGACAGGCAAGAUGAAUGUACGUCUACAGAUGUGUGUGUGUACACACGUACUCUGCUCCCUAGAUGGACACGCGAAAUUCUUGCUUCCGCUAGUUCUAACAUUCACAGCUGUCUACAGCCAAAGCUUGGUAGCAUUAAAAUCAUAGGGCGAUGAGUGGCAAAAUGUUAGACGUGAGGAAGCCAAGACCGGGGUAGGAAAGCCCUCUCUCCAGUGCCCAUCACCAUCACUGAACAGCCUUAAAAGCAGAGGCCAGAGGAGGAGAGUGAGGAGGGCUGAGCGGGUGACCUGGUGACCAAGUUAGGAAAACCAGAGUGUUCCCAGUCCUUGCUGCUGGCACAGUUCACAAUGAAAAUAGCUUUAUAUAAAAAGAUAGCAUUACAGCAUGAGCUGCCUUAGUUAGGACGUAGCAGGAUGCAAAUGGGAAAAUCUAGUGUCUUUUAGCCAGAAAACCAUUGUUCUUUGAGGAGUCAGCACAGGAGGCAGGUUUGUCAUCACCCACCCUGCAGAUGUCAUGGGGGAAGCACCCACCAGCCAGGCAGACGCGCCGUCCGCUCAAAGUGACAGGAGUGCAUCCCCUUGCCGUUUACUUUGGCUAAAUUGUUUUAGGCUAUUGGUUUGUAAAGAUGUUUUCUUAAAUAAUAUAAGACAAAGAACUCAUAGUUUGUGGGUUUGUUUUUUUUAAGUGCUUCCUAACCUGUUUUGGAAUUGUGAUUUGUGGUAGUAAUCUAUUCAAAUCGACUGGCAGAAGCCAUGCUUGAGUCUCAGUAGCAGACAAGACCCUAGUCAAGCAUCCAGUUGUUCCACUCCAGCUGACUAGUUUCCCACCAGGAGAACAAGGCUGCUCAGAGGGCAGCCUCCAGCCCAGUGAGAGACCUGGUGUGAGUGACAGAGGUCAGAGAGAGGGAGGGGGAUGGGCGACUGUGGCAAGGACUGGUACCUGCGCUGGUCAGUACUCCUGCGUAGACUGUUCCUGAGACUUGAACUUGCAAUUUAGAGGCAGAGAAUGAGAGCUGAGGUCAGCAAAUAUUACAUGCAUGUUUUCUCUUCUCGUCCACUCCGCAGUCAGGGCUGGAACACUGGAGUGUGUACCUUGUUGCUUUGAGCUGGGUCUCUGGGUGCAUUUGUACAACAUGGCUUUGUCUGCUGCUCAAGAUGAAGGGGGCGGCAGGUCAAUCGUAUUGAUAUACCUGUCCUUUGCUGGGGAGGGUAGCCACCCCUGACUGAAGAGUGCCUGAAACCGCGGGACCAUUCUGGUCCAUAUAACAGUAUUUUAAAACUAACUUCCCUCUGUGGGACAGUAGUAACAUGCCUUUUCUUGCCUUUAUGCUUUCCUAAGUUAAUAUAGGUCCUCUCAACACGAGGUGUCACAGUAAACACAAGCAAGAGGCACUUAUGAUCGUUUCUGAGUCAUAUAGAAAUUAUCUGAGGUGCAUGAACGUUACCCGGAAGUCCAUGAUUCCAAUAAAUUGGGAGAAUAUGCCACUUAGCGCCUCAGAAGGUCUCUGGGAUUUACACUGGCAGGAGCAGGCUAUACCUGAGCGUCAGCGCCUGGAUGUCCAGAGCAUUCAACAUCCACAUUUGAAGCUAACGUGAAGUUGAUUCAGAGUAACACUGAGCAAGCUGUAGUGUUUUCUAUAGGAAAUGUCAGGCACCCGAUAACCGUUCCUAGAUUGCCCUUGGAUCGGGCUGGUUUCCUAAGCCUAAGGAGACUGUUUUUGUUUCUGAGGUCCUGCCGCUCUGACUCCAGUGUUCCGAAACAAAGUUGGAGACUCGUGAAAUAAGACACUAAAACCCCAAAUUUGAAAUUGUGAAAAGUUUAGGCCAAAGAGAUAAAAUAAAAACAGCUGUUGGGAAUGAAAAAAUGGCUGUAAGAAUUUAGUUACAAGUACUUCACAAAAACAUUUCAUCACAUGUAGAUAACGCAGCAGUACAAUAGAAAGCCAUCUCCUGUCCUGAGCAAGCAAGCCCUCUCACCAUCUAACAAAAAUAAUUUAGAUGCAUUUCUUUGCAUGGAAUUGUCAUAUAUGUUUACACUUUGGUACAAAACAUAGAAAAAAAAAACAUUGGCACAUUACGUAGCGAUAAGUUGUCUCUUUCUUCCCCAUGUACCAAUUUCCACAUACUCCAAGGUCCAAUGUUCACUUGGAAAAAAAAAUGUAGCUACUGAUUCUAUCAGUUCAGUUUCUAUACAUCUUUAAAAUGCAUCGUGGAGUACAGAUAAAAUAAAAGUAAGGUAUUUUGUUUACUUGGUUUCUGAUGUUCGUAACACAUAGAGGCGGGACGGCUGACAAGAGAGAGGGGAGAUCUGUCUGACCGUAUGCAGAGCACAGAGCCUUGUGAAAAGUUGUAUAAAAAUAUGCCCUUGUGCUUCAGGAAUGUCAGCGUACGGGCGGUAGCAUAAAAUAGUAUUUACUGCCUCUCCAUGCCUUUGUCCCGCCCGACAUAUUUACACUUCUUGCAGUCUCUUUUUACAUCAUUAAAGCAAAUGGCAUGAUCUCAAAUAUAAAUUAAGGAUAUCCGAACCUUGGAACUUCCCCAUUUCCUCCCCAGAUAUAGACAGACAGGUAAUGCCCAGCAAACUAGGGGUGAAGAUUCGGGACAUUUAGAUUAUUUUAAUAAAAAUCUUUGAACAGCAAA